AUGCGUUGGUUCUUGUCCAAGGUCUGGGGUCCUCCUGAAGAGGUAAUCAAGGUUAUUCCCAGAAUAUGCACCGGACUUGCUUACUUCCUUGAGGGAGCUGUCAACCUGCAAGAGUUGUCGGUCAGAUGGAGACGGGUUGAUCAAAUUGGAUCUGCCGGCCGUCCUCUUAUUCACUCCGGUUGGCAGUUGGAGCAUAUUUUCCCCGGCAGGUGGAAAAGUCUCAAAACCAUCAAGCUCACCUUCAUCCAAUUCACAUUCUCCGCCAACCCUUUCAAGACCUUUAUUCGACGGCAUGCAUCAACUCUACGACACAUCAUGCUUCACAACUGCCGCAGCGACCCACAAGUUAUUAGCAUCAUCAAGUUUGCUGCUUCAUGCCCUGAUGUUCAUCUUCAUCGGUUCGCUGUCUUUCCAGCGCAUGAGAGCCACCCAAGGGUGGAGCUCCUGGAUGAGUCAUAUCCAGAUGGGGAGCAAAUAGUUGUCGAGAAACCUCGGAUUGUUCCAGAGAGUGCGGUACUCGGCUUCAUCAACAGCAAGGACCCUCAGCACCCCGAUCCGUUUGCCGCGUGGGAACCCCUCGAGUAUGAGUAUUGGGGAAUUGUCCAACAGAAGGCUGAGUCGACUUCAAUAAAAUGGCCUCGGAAUAACGGGAUGGCUGUGAAGUUUUCAGUAAAGAAAAGCGACACAUUUUGA